AUGUCCUUUUUGAACAACACGGUAGAGCUUUUGUUCAUAGACGGCACGCGGGUCGAUCUACUUCUGGACAACAACUUUGUGGCCUCUUGUGGACUUGGAGGCGAACCGCAGGCCCUCCGGGUCGGUGAUCUCAGAGCUUAUCUUUUCAGGAACUGGACCCUUCUAUCGAAUUCUGGCAUCAGGAAAGGCCUAGAAGCCGACAACGCUAUCCAGCCCCCCACUAUAGAAGAACAAAUCCAGCUAUUGCAUCUAGGCAGUCGAUUAGACCCAAACGAGUAUCUGGAGGCUCUCAAGUUGGAUCUUUCGCCGAUAAUGCAUCUCCUUGUGAAGCCGAAGGACCAGCUGUCGUCUUCAUCAAAGGAGCGCAAGCUGGAACUGAAAAUAGGCCCCAACGCACGGAACGGCCAACGCAGCAGCAAGAAACGUGGACCGCACUCAAACACUCCUGUUCCUGCAUUCGUGCGCCACGCAAGACCCUCCAUCACCAGGACGGCCACGGAGGACGGCCCCGAGACGGCUGGCACGCCACGCGCCUCCGACGCAGCCAAUAGCGGUGCCCAAGAACUAUCUGACUUGUCGAAAACACACACAAACACCAACCCUGCGGAGGACAUCGCUGCCAAACCAAACACCCUCACACAGACUGACGCUCGCCACGCAGCCCACCGCACCUCUCUCCCUCCAGCCUCCGCGGCCGAGACUUCGAAAUCCGGUUGCUGUCUAAUUGUGUAG